UUAACUCUUACAACAGUUAUAAGAGCACUACAUACGAAGCGGUCACACUUGCAAUCCACGCGCUUGCAAUUUAAAACCAGGUGAAAUUUCAAAGCUCAGGUGCGAUGGAUUCUACGGAGGACGAGUGGCGUGCCUUUAAUCCGAUGGCCAAGGACUACUAUGACGAGGGUGGCAACCGGUACACCAGCGAAUCCGGCCAGAAUCUGAUCGACGAAGCUCCUGUGCCGCCCAAGGAUGAACAGGAGCAACGUGCCGCCAAGCAGGCGAAGUAUCCAUACUUGGUGGUGCCCAAAAGUAGUCCUUAUGUGACCGAAAAGAUGCUGAUCAACUUCUUUGGGCGGGCGCUCAUCAAGGAGAUGGAAUUCCGCCGCAUGUCGCGCGUAUACUUUGUCUACUUUGAAAAUAUCGGAUCCCUGGAGACGGCGCGACAGCGAGUGGAGCGUUAUCCGAAUCUGAUCAAGUGCGUCACUGGUCGGCCGCAAAAAGAUCGGGAAAUCAACAGCGAACCGGUGACGUUGACGGAAUUGAUGCCAAAACCAGGUCCGGCAAUUUCGCCCACCGAACGUACACCAGUGAAUCGCAACAGAGAUGUUCCCGUCUCGACCGGUGGACAACUGCAUCCGGAGUUCUUGCAGUCACCGCUGGUCACCAAAGCUGAUUACCAAAGGGGUUCGUUGUUGGCCACCAACGAUGCAACUCAACGCUAUCUCAAUGUCAAGUAUGAGUUCGCCCUGGAGCGCCAUGAUGUCUACAAGCUAAAGGAUGAGAAAAGAAUCCCGCAGGUUACUUUGCACUUUCGCUCCGGUAGAACCAUUCCCGUGUCAACCGUUGCUCCACCUGAAGAGGACAAAACGGAAACCCUGCUGGGAGAUGGCGUCAGCAAGUGCGUGGUCUGCCAAAACUGGACAGACACUUUCUGCAAGCUAUGCAAAAUGCCCUUUUGCGAUGCCUCCUGUUUCGCUGAUGUGGCAGAGCAGCACAAGCAAGCUUGCGGCAAGGGCGAGAUACUCAAGCUGGACGAAAAGGUGGGCCGGAAGUUCCCAAAACCCGGUUUGCCACCGUCCGGAUCGAAAGUAAGGAUUACUGCAUUCGAGCAGACUAACGUGGUCUAUGUACGCUCGGCCGACAUUCAGGUUGAUGUCGCCUAUUACACAGUGCUCAUGGAGGUAAUGAUGCUGGGCAAAACUGCCUCCAAGCUGCAGAAUGGGCCAGACUCCGGGCAAAUUGUGCUCUACAAGUUCGAGGGACAUAUGUCUCGCGCCUUGGUGCUAAACGUGGAUGAUCCCAAGGAUAUCUAUGUGGUCUGCAUUGACUUCGGAAGCGUUGAAGUGACGCAGCUGGAAGAUCUGUAUGAAUGCAGUUCCUAUCUAGCUGGUUUGCCCUGCUACCCCGUAGCCGUCAAAUUACGCGGCGUUCCUAGGCGUUUUGUGGGUCCCAACAUUAGGGAAGUCAUGUACGAGCUGGACCAGUCCCUAGUUUUCGAUAUUAAGUACUCGAAACGCGAGUACGACUUCAGCAAAUGCUUGCAAAUCGUGGUGAUGACCGAGAUCGACCUGAAUAGAAGCCUCAACCGCCUUUUCAAGACCGUAAUUACUCCUGUGGAGCCGUCUGUAUCGGAUCUGGGAUAUAAAGAGGAUUGUCUCCCAUAUAUUCCUUUGCGCUUUGGAAAGAACAUCGAUGUUGUGGUCAUGGACAACACUUUCCUGAAGUGCGGCUUUGUCUACUGCACCUCCAGAGAUCUGGCUUACGAAGUUACCAGAAUGCAGCGCGACAUACAGGAGUACGGCGAAAAGAUCGCCAAGUGCGCCACCUACGCACCGCCGAUAAAUGAGCUUUGCAUAGCUAAGUACGAAGGUAAAUGGUGCCGGGGACUCUCUGUAGAAUUAAUAGGCGACGGUUAUCCCAGCAUUUUGUUCAUUGAUUACGGAAACAUAGUGCCGACCCACGUCACCGACAUUCGUCCCUAUCCGCCGCAGUUUGCCUUCCCUAUAAUGACCACACAGCUGGAUUUAAUUGGUGUGCCUGAGCAGCCCACCGAUGAGCAGAUCAAAUGGCUGGAACAUUAUUAUCCCACUGGGACCGUCAUUAAUUGCAGCGAGAUCAUUUACUGUGAGGAGAACGAUACCUAUUCCACUCGCAUUGAAAAGCUGCAGGAGCUCGUAAGUUUAGACUAAAUUCUCACAAGGUAGCUUGCGCGAAAUACUAAAAACUAAUGAUUGCCAAAGAGUGGACAAAUCUUCCAGGGUAACUAAAUUCCUAGGUAUAAGUAUCUUAUCUAUGAAUAUAAUUCUAACGUUGGAGU